AUGCUGCUGGUGCUGCCCGGCCCGGGGCCCGCCCGCGCCCGCGUGCAAAGGCGCGCCACCCGCCGCGCUCCGCGGCAGCCGCCCCCGGGACCGUGCGGCGUAGCCGCCAAGCCCAAGGCCAGGCCCAGACCCGACCCGGAACCCGCGCCCGAGCAGGAGCCCGACGCGGGCUGGGGUGACCGCAUACCCUUGGAAAUCCUGGUACAGAUUUUCGGGCUGCUGGUGGCGGCCGAGGGUCCCACGCCCUUUCUCGGCAGGGCUGCACGUGUAUGCCGCCGGUGGCACGAGGCUGCCUCCCAACCUGCGCUCUGGCACACUGUGACCUUGUCGCCCCCUCUGGCUGGCCGUCCUGCCAAAGGUGGGGUCAAGGCGGAGAAGAAGCUCCUUGCUUCCCUGGAGCAGCUUAUGCCCAAUCGGUUUUCACAGCUCCAGAGGCUGACCCUCAUCCACUGGAAGUCUCAGGUACACCCCGUGUUGAAGCUGGUUAGUGAGUCCUGUCCUCGGCUUACCUUCCUCAAGCUUUCAGACUGCCACAGUGUGACCACUGACACUCUGCUCAUGCUAGCCAAAUCCUGCUGCCAGCUCCACAGCCUGGACCUACAGCACUCCAUGGUGGAGUCCACAGCUGUGGUGAGCUUUUUGGAAGAGGCAGGGCCCCGAAUGCGCAAGCUGUGGCUGACCUACAGCUCCCAGACAACAGCCAUCUUGGGCGCGCUGCUGGGCAGCUGCUGCCCCCAGCUCCAGGUCCUAGAGGUGAGCACUGGCAUCACCCGCAACAGCACUCCCCUCCAGCUACCCGUAGAGGCUCUGCAGAAAGGCUGCCCGCAGCUACAGGUGCUGCGGCUGCUGAACCUGAUGUGGCUACCCAAGCCUUCUGGGAGAGGGGUAGCUCCCGGACCAGGCUUCCCCAGCCUUGAGGAGCUCUGCCUCGCCAGCUCCACCUGCAACUUUGUGAGCAACGAGGUCCUGGUUCGCCUGCUCCACGGCUCCCCCAACCUGCGCCUGCUGGAUCUUCGUGGCUGUGCCCGUAUCACGCCUGCUGGCCUACAUGAUCUGCCAUGUCAGGAGCUAGAGCAGCUUCACCUGGGCCUGUACGGCGUGUCAGACCGGCUGACUCUUGCCAAGGAGGGCAGCCCCCUGUUGACACAGAAGUGGUACCACACCCUGCGGGAACUGGAUUUGAGUGGCCAGGGCUUCAGCGAGAAGGACUUGGAGCAGGCCCUAGCUGCUUUCUCAGGCACCCCUGGGGCCUCACACCCGGCCCUGUGCUCCCUCAACCUCAGGGGUACCCGGGUCACACCAAGCACAGUCAGCUCUGUGAUCAGCAGCUGCCCAGGCCUGCUGUACCUCAACCUGGAGUCUUGCCGCUGUCUUCCCAGAGGCCUGAAGCGGGCCCACCGGGGCCUGGAGGAAGUCCAGUGGUGUCUGGAGCAGCUGCUUACCAGCCCUGCCUCCCCCAGCUAGACCCCAAAAGCCUCAGCCAGCCAGCCCCACUCUGCACCCUUUCCCAGUUUCUGAUGUUUGAGCAUUUUGUUACAAUAAAACGUUCUUAGAAA